AUGAAGAGAAAAGGAAGUAUAAAAAAUUUUGAAAUAGAAGAAAUAAUUUUUACUUUGUUAAAUUGUUUAGACGAAGAUAAGAAAUUGAAUCAUGAAAUAGUAAACACAUUGAAAAUAUUCAUUAUGUAUCAUAAAUGUGAAAUUUUAAAUUAUGUUUUUUCUUUUCUACAAAUACAAAAAGUAAGUCAUGAAAAUCAGAAACUUCUUCUUUAUUUAACUUAUGAUUUUGUUCAUUAUUGCAUUUAUAAUAAUUUUAGUGAUAUUAUUGAUAAAUAUUUUGGAGAAAAUAAGGAAAAUGAGUUGAAACAUGUAGAAAAAGAAGAAAUAGAAGAGAGUAGUAACUUUAUAGAUAUACAUAUAUUUGACAAUCUAUUAAAAUACACCUUUUUUGAUGGUGAUGAGUAUUGUUUUAUUUAUACUAACGAAUUAAGAAAACAUAGUAAUUCAUUAAAAAAACAGGAAGAUAAUGAAUUAAAAAGUAAAGUGCGUAAUAAUUUUGUAAAUAUAUUUGCAUAUGAUAAAAUUGAUAAUUUAAAAUGUUUAAAAAAAGAAGAAUACAAAAUAUAUUUAAUAAAUGAAUCAAAAUUUAUAUAUAAUAUUAAAACAUAUAGUAAAGAUAUUAGUUUAGAUUUAAAUGAUAACACAAACAAUAAACAAUUUAGAAAAACAUCAGAGAUUAAUAACAUUAUAAAAAAUAUAAUUAAUUUCAUUUUAAAUGAAUUUUUAUAUAUAAAAAGAAAUGAUGAAAGACACAAAAUAAUAACUCAAUUAUUAAUCUUAUGCAUAAUAAAAGAAGAUAAUUAUUUUAAAAAAAAAAUAAUUGAAAAAAUUAAUUAUUGUAUUCAAUCAAAUAAUAAUAAUAAUAAUAAUAAUAAUAAUUCAAAUAUAUAUAUAUACCUUGAAUUAUAUAAAGAUAUAUUUAUUCAAAUACCACACUUAACCAAAAAUGUGCUUAUUGAUAUAUUUAAAAGCAUCCUCUCAUUAGACUCUAAUAAACAUAUAGAUAUAAUUUAUCACAUAUUAAUGAAGAUUUUUGGAAAUAUUCACUUUCCAUCAGUUUUAUAUAAUAUCCUUUAUAUGAAUAAAGAAUAUAAAAAAAAAAACUUUAUAUCAUCAAAUAAAAAAAAUACAAAUGUAUAUAUUGAAAAUGAUGUAAUCCAUCUAUCCAUAGAAAACACAAGUGAAGACACAUUUACUACUAAUACUAGAGAAUCUUCAUUGAAUUCUAAUUUUUUAAAUAAAAUUAAUAAUAAUAAUAUUUUUAAUGAUAAUAUUAAUCAAAUGAAAUUAUAUCAGAAAAAAGUAAAAAAUCAGUGUGAUAAUAAUAACAACGAAGUUAUACCUCCUAAUACAAGUAUUGAAUCUUUAAAUAGUAAUAAAAAAAUUGAUUCCAUAAAUAUAAGUGAAGAUUAUUCAAAUAAUACAUUCAUAAGUAAAAAUGAAUAUAAGGGAUAUAAAAAAAAUAUUAAUUAUACCAUGAGGGAAAAUUAUUUUAAUUAUUCAAAAGAAGAUGAUAAUUUAUUUAAAUAUAAUAAAAUUGAAGACAAAAAGGGUAGUGAUAUAAAACAAGAAUUAAAUGAAGAUAAAGAUGACUCAUAUGAUGAUGAAAAGUCCAAUGCUAAUAUAAUUAGUAAAGGAAGCUUGAAUGAUAAUAAUGAAAAAUAUAAGAUUAGAGAUGAGCAAAAACUUGAAAAUAAUAAUAAAGAUUAUAAGGAUUUAUAUUUUAAAAGAAAUAUAAACAUAUACAAUGAAGAGUGUAAUCAAUUUAAGAAUGACAACAAUUUUGUUAAUACAAGCGAUAAAUGUGUUAAUAUGUUGCAUGAAAAAAAAAAUGCAACUAUAUUUAAAAUAGAUACAGAAAAAAUAAGUUACAUAAAUAUUAUAAGCACAAAACUUUUACAUAUAUAUUUUAAUAUAAUUCUUAAUAUGAAAUAUAAUAAUGAGAAUUACAUUAAAGUUCUUUAUAUUAUUUCUAAGAUCUUACUAUAUGCAAAUAGUGAUGAAAAUAUUAAAAAAACAAUAGAAAUAUUUAUUUAUUAUUUUUUUGUUUUUUUUAAUUCUACAAUUAACAAUGUAAGUAUAAAUGAUAUGUCAUGUAUUUAUAAUAAUGAUGAACAAAUAUUUAUAAAUUAUACAAAUCUAAAAGUAGUACCUGAUUACAUAAUAAUAAAUAGCUUUAGGAUUAUAUUACAAAAUUGCAUAAACAAAAUUCAUUUGGUAGUAUCAUUUACUAAUCAUAUAUUAAAACUAUCAUAUUCUUUAUUAUAUAUAUUAAUUAAUCAAAAUUAUGUGAAUAAUAAUUCAAAAACUAUCGUUAAAAAUAUAACAUCAGACACAUAUAUUUAUACAUUUAUAGAAAUUAUGGAAAUAUUUAACAUAUUCAUAUUAUGUGUAUAUACAAAUAACUGUGUUUUUAACUUCUUGAAAGAAAAGUUGAAAACAAAUAAUAAAAUUGAAAUUAUAGUAUCUUUAAUUAUAUUAAAGCAAUAUAUAUUAUUAAUAUCAAAUGAACUAAAUACUAGUAAUAUAAUUUACAUAUCUAAUCAGAAUAUUCAACAAAAACUUACUAAUUAUAAGCGUUCAUUCAAAAAAUUAAAUAGUUUUCUAGAUAAUGAUCAAAAUAAUAUAAAUAUAGAAUUAAUUAUUCAAAUAAUUUCCAGUAUAUCUGAGAGAUUUAGUUAUGACUUAAAUAUUAUUUAUAUUAUAUUAGAGAUCAAUUUAACGUUAUCAUAUUAUCAUUAUUUUAAUUAUUAUUCAUACAACCCAAAUGCAAUAUUUAGUCUAUUUCCAAGGGUUAAUAGCCCAUUAUUUGUUUUGUAUAGAAAUGAAAAUGAUUCUAUAAAAAAACAAAAGAAAUUAUCUAGGAUGAGUAAUUCUAAAAAUGUAAAUAACUCUAUAAAUCAAUUUGAAAUAAAUAAAAUAAAUUCCUCAAAAGAUGAUAAAAAUAUAUUAAGAAAUAUAUUUAAUAAAGAAGAUAUUACGAAACAAAGUGAAAAUUUUUAUGAAAAAUAUAACUUUAGUAGUAAUGAAAAACAAAAUUGUAACUAUAAUAAAGGAAACAACAGUAAUCAUGAAAAUGAAUUAAAAACAUGGAUUCUUAUACCAAAUAAAUACAUUAUAAAUAUCUUUAAUUUUAUGUUAAAUGUAUUGUUAAGUGAUGAAACAUCUUUUAAGUUGAAAAGUAAAAAAUAUGGUUAUUUUGUUAAUAAUGAUGGUAACAUUAUUGAUAUAAAUAACCCGGAUAAUAAAAUUUUAGAAAAUGGAUUUAUCUACAAUAAAAUGUUAUUCGAUACAUAUUUUCAUUUUUUUUUAUAUAAUAUCCCUUCAGUGCAAUAUAUAAAGAAAUUGAUUUCAUUAGCUUUUCAGUAUAAUUUUUCAUUAUAUUCUCCAAGGAUAUUAUAUUCAUUAUUACUAGAAUUUAUGAUAAAUAUAAAGAAUAGCCAUAAAAUUAUAUUAUUUCUUUUAAAAUCUUUAAAUAUUAUAUGUAUAUCAUUAUAUAAUAACAUGAUCAAAAAAAAUUUAAGAAUACAUUCAAGAUUACAUUUUAAUUGUUUAGUAUUACCAAAUAUGAAUAAAAUUUUAUCAGUUUUAUUUAUGUACUGUUUUCAUCCUGAAUUUGUUGUUUCCUUCUUAAGUUUACAACUUAUUUCUAUUUUAAUAAGUUUUACACAAAAUAAGAGUAUUAAUUCAAUUCAAAAUUUUACAUAUUUUGAAUUAAUAUUUAAUUUGUUACACAUAAAUGAUGAAAUAAAAACCAAAAGAGGUAUAAAAGACAAAUGGAAUUUUUUUUUUGAGAACAACCUAUUUAAUAAAAAUAUUUCAACAAAUAUGAAAAAUACUAUUAAAAAAGGCAACAAGAUAUCUAAAAUAUAUUAUGAUAAAAUUGAAAGGAGAAAAUAUUAUAAUUAUAUAAUAAAAUUAUGCUAUAAAAAAAUAGCAAAAACUAUUAGUAAGAAAUUAUUAAAUACCUAUUUAAAAACAUAUACUUUUAAGCAUAAUAAAAAUAUAAAAAGUAAAAUCAAUUUAUUUAUUAAAGUUUAUUUUAAUAUGAAUCUAAAAGGAAUAGGUGAAAUGAUUAAUGAUCAAUAUAAUAAUAAUAAUAAUAAUAAUAAUAAUAAUAAUAAUAAUAAUAAUAAUAGUAAUAAUAAUAUUCUUUAUUUUUCAAAUAUAGAAUCAAGCAAUUAUUAUUUUAUGAAAAUAAUGCACUUAAGUCACAUAAUUUUUAGUAGUUAUAUAAAAAGAGAAAGAAAAAAAGUUUUAAACUUUCAAAGUUAUACUACUAUGUAUUUUUUCAUUUUGAUAGAAAUAUUAAGAAUUAUUCAGAGUAAUAAUGAAUUUGAAAAUACACUUUUUCGCUUAAGUAUUAUCAAUAUGAUGUGUGUAAUUAUUAAAUAUUUUAAUGAAGAUUUUACUAAAAAAUUAAUUAGUAUUUUUUUCAAACUAAAUGAGGAGAUAACUAUAAAUGAAGAAGAAAAUUUAUUUUUGACAUUAUAUGGUCAUUUUUCACAAAUUUACAAUUCUCAUUUUUUUAAUUUAUAUAAAGAAAAAUGUACUACAACAUAUACUAAAAAAUGUAUAGAAUGUAUAAAAUUAAUAAAAAAUGAUUUUUAUGUAAAAUGUGUAAAUGAAAAUCAGUUAGAUUUUAAUAAUUUUAUAUUAUUAUCAAACAAGUAUAAUGAUACAUUAAAACAAAAGAAUAUUGAAAAUUUUUUAGACUAUCUUAAAAAUUACCAAAUUACUUACGAAAAUAAUGUUAUAAAUAUUUUAGCUUUGUAUAAUGGAAAUAAUAAUAAUAAAGAAAUAAAUGAGACCAUUAGAAACAAAACCAUAUCGUUAGGUUCUAUUGAAAAAAAUUUUUUAAAUAAUAAUGGGGCAAAUAAUUUGAAAAUAGACUCUAUUAAUCAAGUUGAAAUAGAUAAAAAAAAAAUAGAUUAUUUAGAUGAAUUAAAAAAUAGAUUAGAUGAAAAUAACGAAAUAAUAAAAAAAUCCAUAGAAUUAUUUGAAGAGAAAUUAGGUUUAUUUGUAUUACAAAAUGAUAUUAAUUUUUCUAUAAAUAAAUCUUUUAAACAAAAUGUAGCUUCCUAUUAUAUUAAGAGUUUAUUAAGAAAAAACAAUUUUUUUAAUAUUAUUUGUUUAUUAAAUAACGUAUAUUAUUCAGAUAUAGCAAAUAGAAAAAGUAGUGCUUUCUCUAUAUUUGGAAAAUCAAAUGGUGUAAUUAACGCGGAAAAUAUUCGUAAUACAUUAAUAUUAAGUAUAGGAUUAUGCAUGAAAAAAAUAUCUUCUAAAAAAUUUGAAGAUUUAUAUAAAAUUAAUGAAUUUUAUGUAAACAAUAAAAUAUUCGAUAUUUACGUUGAAAAUAUAUACAUAACUAUAAAAAAAAACAAUCAUAUAUUUGAAAAUAUAUUCUUUGAUAAAAGUAAUUGUUUUUUUAAUGAUGCUCAAUUAGUACAGGAAAUAAAUAAUAAAAAGGAAAAGUAUAUAACUGAUAAAUUUAAGGAUGAUAAAUAUUUAGACACAAAUUUAAAAAGAGCUAUUUUUUCUGAUAUUAAUAGCUACAUUUAUAAUUGUCGUAAUGAUAAUAUUACUAUUACUUCUUGUAAUAAUAAUAAAAAUAUUAAUGAUAAUAAUGACAAUGGUAACUAUUAUAAUAAUAAUAAUAAUAAUAAUAAUAUCCAUCAUAAUAAUAAAAUUAAUAAUGUCAAGGAUUUACAUAAAUUUAUGUCUGAUGAAAAGGUUAAUUUAUUUACAUUUCAACUUUUAGUAGAUCCAAUUAUUUUCUCACUUUAUCAAGAAAAAGAAAUAAAUUUGCAAUCGAGUUUGCUAAAAUCAUUAAAAAAUAUAUCAAAAAAGUUAAAAGGAAUAAAAAAUACAUAUAUUAUUAAUAAUAAUGAUAUGAAUAUUCCUAAGAAAACAAAAGAUAAGGAAAAGUAUCCUAUUAAUAAUAAUGUAUUACUUAAAGAAGACAUGCAAACAGUUGAUGACUUUUUUUAUUAUUUUGAUAUAAAAAAUAAACAUUGUUUAAUUAAGGAUGUAUGUGGAGAAUAUUUAAAAGAAAAUUCAAAUAAUGUUAAAUUUUAUUCAUUCCUUUAUAUUUAUAAAUUUAUAAUCAUAUAUUCUGCUUUAUAUUAUUUAGAAAAUAUAUAUAACUUAAUUUUCCCUAUCACUAAUAUAAAUUUCAAUUAUUUAAAAAGAUAUUCCAUAUAUUUUAAAUUUUUUAACAGAAAAAUUAUGAACAAAAGUGAGUUAUUUUUUAAAGAACAAAUAAACAAAAAAAUUCAUAUAAAUGAAAAUAACAAAACUAUCAUUGAUCAUAAUAAAGAUGAAGAAUUUUAUAUUAAGGAAAUAAUAAAAUUGGAUAAACAAAUUAAUUUAAAAGUUAUAUACUCUUUAACAAAUAAUAAAAUAUAUAAUGAUUCCUCUUCUGAAUUUAUGGAAAACACGUUAUCAAAUGAAGUUGAUAAAAUUGAUCAUUUAAACAUAGGUGUUUAUUCAUAUGAUAUUUUAUUAAACUCAUUGAAAACUAUAUAUUAUUCAUUGUUCAUUCGUCAUCCUUUAAAUUUUCAGUUUGUUUUUAUUAUUUUAGCCAUUCUUAUUAAUUUAUUCUUAAAAAUUGUAUGGAACGAAAAGAAAAAAAUUUAUCAAAAAUAUCAAGAAAAUGAAAAUAAAAUUAAACUAAAUCAAGAAGGAAAAAUUAAUAAUCGUGUUGAUACAAAUAAAAUAAAAAUAUUUCAUAAGAAAAAUAAAUUGUGUAUGAACAGGUCAUAUGAAACAAAACAAAAAAUUAAUCAACAUAAAGAAGAUAGCAUAACAUUAUCGAGCAAAAAUCAAAAAAUAUUAAGUAAAGGAAACAUAAAAGGGAAAGGCAUAGAAAAAUACAAAGAAUCAUAUAAUUUUCAAGAAAAAAACGCUAUCUUUAUGAAUAGUUAUAAAAAAAAUAAAAGUUGUGUAUUUACAGAAAAUGAAGAAAAAGAAGAAGGUAUAUAUACUGAAAAAUAUUUCAAUAAUUAUGAUGAUAAAGAUAAUAAUAAAGGCAAUGAUUACGGUACUAAGAAUAGUAAAGAUUAUGAUAAUAUUUUAAGUGAAAAUAAUAUAAUGGUAAAAAAUCAAAAGAGAAAAAUGGAAAAAAAAAAAAAUUUUGAAAAAAAUAUUUUAUUAAGUGGAGACAAAUUAGGUGAUUCAUCAUCUAAUAAAUAUACUCAAAAACUUACAAAACCAUUAAGUAUCAUAAAAAAUAGAAAAAAAUCAGGUAACAAAAAAUUUACUAGUGCAAAUAAUAAGAUAUUUUUUAAUUUGAGUGAAUAUGAGAAAAUUUCUCUGUCAUGCUUAAAUUAUAUUAUAACUAUUAUAGUAAAAAUUUCAUUGGACGUUAAUUCUUUUUACUUUAUUUCAAAAAUAAUUAAAUACAUACAUGACGUUUGUGUAUCAACAAAUAUAUGUGAAGUGAAAUUUUUAUUUUUUCGAACGAUAACUGAAAUAAUAAUAAAUUCUCCCUUAUAUUUUAAAAAUGAAAAUAAAACAAAAGAAAAAUAUAAAGAAAUUUUUAUAAAUUCUUAUGAAAAAAAUGAUAAAAAAGAAGUAAUUUCUCUAAAUGAAAACAAUUCAAUGGAUGAUAAUAAUAGUAAAAAUGAAAACAAAAUGUUAGUAAAAGUGACAAAACAAAAUGAAAUGGGAAAUAAAACUCCUUUAUCAUUUAAUUCAUCUAAUUUUGAAAGAUAUUUUAGUUUAAUAUUCUCUUCUGGUGCAAAUAUAUCAUAUAGCAAUUUAUUUGAUUUAAAUAACAAUAAGGAUGAUAAUAAUUUGAGUAAUAAUAAAAAUAUAAAUAAUAAUAAUAAUAAUAAUAUUAGUGAUAUUAAUAAAGAUGAUAUUAAAAUUAAUAAUGAUAUUAAUGAAAGUUCCUUUGAUAAAGUGAAUAAUAAAUAUGUAGAGGAAAAAAACAACAAUGAAGAAAAAUAUAAGUAUGAUAAUGAAAUUGUUGAUAAUAAAUUAAAAGAAGAAAAUGGAUUUUUCAAUGAAAUCAAUAUAAAUGAAGUAAAAAACAACAAUCACUACUUAUGUGAAUGUAUAGGCUUAUUAAUUCCUUACAUAAAAGAUGAUGAAAAAAUAAUAAGUUAUUUCAGUAUUUGCUGUAUUUGUAUAUUAAUAGGAAAAUUAAAAAAUAUAAAAGUCAUAAAUAAAUCUCAUUUUAUUUUUUUUUUUUUUAAUUCGAUAGAAGUUCUUAUAAAUACAUUGAAUAAAUUAAGGGAAAUUAGUUAUAAAAAAAAAUCAAUAAAAAAAAAAAAGUUGAAAAAAAAUGUUAUAAAAAAAGAAAAAAAUUAUGAUCUUAUAAAUUAUAAAAAUAAUAUAACCGAAAAGAGUAAAGUUAUCCCUUCUAAAUUAAUAUUGUCUAAUAAUCACGAAAAUUAUAUAGAGAAAAUAAAUGGAGAUAAAAAAGGAAAAAUCAAUGAAAAAAUUAAAUACUUUUAUGAGAAUAGUUGUACCUUGAAUAAAAAAAGUAAUAAACAUAAAUAUAAUCCAAAUAAAAAUAAUAAGUGUAUAUAUGAUAAUGAUAACAACUAUUACAAUGUAUAUAAUAGCAAUCUACAUAAAAAAUUUAAAUAUAGAAAUAUAAGAAAUAAUAUAUAUAAUGUAGAAUUUCAUAAAAAAUUUUACAAGCAUAUAAAUAAUAGAAUAAAAGAAAUAUACAAUAACAAAUAUCAAAUUAAAUUUAUAAAAAAAUUAAGUAAUAUUAAAAGUAAUUUAAAUAAAGAAAUUAAUUUAUUUAAACUUAUUAACAAAAUAAUUCUUGAAGAUUUUUCUAAUGAUGAAAAAAAAUCUUACGUAAAUAUUCUCAUAGCUUGUAUACAUAAUAAAAACAAAAAUGUAUCAUUAAAUGGUUUAAAUUUACUUAUAUAUUAUAUAUUGAAUGAAAAAAUUAGUAAUUGUGAUAUGGAAAUUAUUAUGAAUAGGCUUUUUAGUGAACUAUUUUAUUACACUAAAAUAAAUAUAUUAAAUGAAAAAAAUUUGAAAAUUCUUGAAAAAGGGGAUUUAAACAUAAGAAAGGAAAACGAAUUAAAUAGUACAUUAAAUGUAUAUUACGAAAUAUAUAAAAAGAAAAAAAAAAAAAAAAAACAGAAUAUUAUAGAAAGAUCAUUAUAUAUAAUUUUAUUAUUGUGCAAAAAUUAUUUUUAUAUGAUCAUAAGUAAAAUAUGCACUUUACAAGUUAAAUAUAAUUACGAGCAUAUUUAUUUUAUUUAUAUGAUUUGUAAUAAUGAAUAUUUAUUAAAUAAAACAUUAGAUUAUUUAUUUUACAUAUUAAACAAUUUAAACAUUUUAAAAUUGAAUAAUAAUUUAAGUAAUAUAUUAUCCUUAUUAUUUCAUUUUUUUAAGUUUAGAAAUCAAUAUAUAAAAAAUUAUACGAAAAAAUAUUUCAUUGAAUUAUUUUUAAUAAUAUUUUAUGUUUUAGGUGUAAAACAACUUUCUCAUUUAAAUAAUAAUAAUAAUAAUAAUAAUAAUGAUGGAAGCAAAAAAUAUAUUUUUAAUGAUAUGAAAUUUGACAAAGAAAAUGUAUUUAAAUAUAAUGACAAAAAUAAUAAAUCACUAAAUAGCAAUUUAUAUAAUGGAAAAUAUAUUAAUAGAAAUGCUAAAUCUACUAAUUCAAAAUCAAGCAAAAAUGAAAAAACUGAUGAUAGUUCUCAUAAUUCUAAUAACGAAAAUAUUAAUAAUGAUCAUAAUGUUAUUUCUAAUAAUAUUAAUAAUAUUUAUAUUAAUAGUAGCAGAAAAAACAGCAAUGAUUUAAAUAGUAGUAUUAAUUUUAUUAGUGGAUAUAAUAAUUGUAUAUCUAAAGAUAAAUUUGAUGAUGAUAAAAAUAAAAUAAAUAAUGAAAAGCCAUCUUUUUGUUCUGUUAAUAGCUCUCUUUUUUUUUUAAAAAAAAAUAGCAUAUUUAAAAAUAAUAAAAUAAAGAAUGUAUCUGUGUAUGAAUUUAAUAAAAAAAUAUAUAAAAAUUACACAUGUAAUAUAAGUGUCAAUAAUACAUUAAAUUGCUUGAAUAUCAUAAAAGAAUUAUUAAAAUUAAAUGGAAAAAAGAAAUUACUAAAUUACUAUGAGUACCAUAAAGUUGAAAAAUUAUUAUAUUAUAAACACUCUUUUGAAAAUGGAUUAAUAAAAUUAAUAUAUAUUUUUUUAAAAAACAAUGAUUGUAUAAAAAUAUUUAAGUUUUUAAAUUUUUUUAUUAAAAGUGAUAAUAUAAAUUAUAUAACUAUUUCAUUAAUAAUAUUAUCUCAAAUUCCUAUAUGUAUAAGUAUAGAUGAACAAAAUUUAAAAAUAAUAGAACCUCUUAUCAAAGUUCUUUAUUAUAUUAAUUGUAAAUAUAAGAAUAAUUUUAUAACAAAGUAUUUGCACAUUGCAUUUACUAAUUUUUUCAUUAUAUUCAAAUAUAUUUUUAAAUAUCAAUUAAAGAACAAUAUUAAAUGUUCUUAUUUAUUUAUAAAAGAGGAAUACACUUUGAAUAUAUUAAAUUCUCUAUUUAAAAAUUUAGAUAAUAAUGAUAAAUAUAUAAUUAAAGAGACAUUAAAGGCUUUCAAAGAAGCUUGUAAAUACAAAAGUGAGUAUUGGCCAUCCUCAUUAUGUUCAUCGUUUAUUAAUAUAUUAACUUAUCCUCAUAUAAUUCUGAUAUACUUAAAUAGUAGUGAAACAAUGGAGAAAGUUUAUAUAUGUAAAAUUCUGUAUGAAAUAUUUAAAAUUUUGAAAGAAGAAAAAUUGAAUGGUGGUAAUAAAGAUAAGAGUGCGUAUAAAUUAAAAAAAAAGCAUUUUUAUGAAAUUACAACAUACUUAUUUAUACAUUUAGUAGAUAAAAAAAAUUCAGUAUCACGAAAUGUGUGGUUAGCUUUAAAAGAAUCAAUAAAAUACAAAUUCUCUGAUUAUGUUAAUGAAACCCUACUUUUUUUUGACAAAAAACUUUUUUUAUCUAAUAAUUUAAAGUUAGAGAAAGAAAAUCUAAAUGAUUCAUAUAAAAAUAAAAAUUGUAAAUUAUAUACAAAAAACACAGCAUACUUAAACCAUUAUAAUAAGUUUCCUAAUAUUUCCGAUAAUAAACUAUCAAUAAAUGGAUAUAUUAGUGAAAAUAAAAUAAUGAUAAAUAAAACCUUAAAAGAUAUCAAAAGUUACAAUUUUGAUGGGAAAAAAAUGAAAGGAAAAGGCAAUAAUAAUAGAAGGAAUAAUAAUAAAACAUACACUAAUAUGACAAAUAAUAUUAUUGAUGAUAAUAAUAAUUUAAAUGACAAAGAAUCUAAAUCUUAUAAUGAAAAUUACAAGGAAAGUAGAAAAAAUAGAAAUAAACAAACAAAUAAAGAAUAUAAAAAGAAAAAAAAAAAUAAUAAAGUAAAAAAUAAAAAAAAAUAUAUUGAAAUAAAAAUGAAUGAAUUAAAUGAAGAAAGUGAUAAUAGCCAAUCAAGUAGUUCAAAACAAAACAAAAAUGAAAAAAUUAAUAUGCAUUAUUACAAACUGUUAAUAGAAAUUUUUAUUCCACUAAUAAUAUGUGUGGAUACAAAAGUAUCAUAUAAUAAAAAUUUAUUUGUUGAACUUAAUAGUUAUUUAUAUUCUAAUGAAUUUCAUUAUAAUAAUUUUGAUAACUUUUUUUAUAAAAAAAAGGAAGAUGAUGAAUUAUAUGAUAUUUUUUUUAAUCAUUUAAAGUUAAAUAUAAAAAAUAUAAAUAAUUUAUAUAGAGCUUAUACAAUUCUUUUUAAUAGUAGAAGAUAUUUUGAUAAAAAAUUGUGGAAUGUUAAUAUACCAAUUAAUGAUGAUGUUAUAAAAAUGAUAAAAGAAUAUGAAUUGAAAAACACUAAAUCAAGAGCUGAACAUGUUUUAUUUGGUGAUUUAAAAAAUUAUACACAAACAAAAAAAAUUAAAAUUAAGGGAGAAAAUUAUUCUGAAAAUAAUGUAUCCAGAAGUUUUACUACUCUAAUAACUAGUUCAAUAUUAAAUACUUUAUCAGAAACAUUGAAUUAUUCUUAUGAUAAUUUCUUUUAUAAUAAUGAUAUUAAUGUAAAUAAUGAUAAAUAUAAAAAUAAACAGAAUAAUGGUUCAAUACGUGAAAAUGAAUAUCAUAAUUUUUAUAAAAUUAGCCAAAAAAAAAAUAAUGAUUAUGAUAAUGAGCAACCAUUUAAAUAUGAAAACGAUUCAAUAAAAGAAUCAAAUAACUUGUUUCAAAUAGAAUCUCAGAAUGAAUCUCAUAAUAUUUCACAGAUGGAAUCACAAAACGAAUUAGAAGAUGAAUUACAAAUUCAAUCAUAUAAUGAAAACAAUGAUAAUUAUGAACAAAAAAUGAAGGAGAAUAAAAAUGUUCAUUAUAAUCAUUUAAGUGAAAUGAAAAAUUUUACUAAAAAAGAAGAUGAAAAUGAUAAAAUUAUAUUUCAAAAGCAGUUAAUACAUGGUAUUAAAAAUAAUAUUAUAUUUAAUAAAACUCCUGAAUAUAAUGAAAAUUAUAAUGCCAAUUUUAACAUAGAACCAAAUAAUGAAAACUACAACAUUUUUAUCUCAAGUAGUGAAGAAGACGAAGAAUUAACAAUAAUCAAUUCAAACGAAGAAAAUAGUGAUAUAAAUGAAUAUAAAGAACUAAUAAAAAAAAAAUUUAAAAAAAUACAAAUACUUAAUAAAAGUUAUAAUUUUGUAAAUCAUUUUAAAAAUGUACAAAAUUUGGAAAUGAAUGAAAAUUUGUUAUAUUGGGUUGAGACACUAAAAUUUUUAAGAGAAAAACCGCAUGAACUAGUUUCAUCACGAGAAAAAAAAGUGAUUAACUUUACAGAUUUUUUUGAAUCUUCUUUAAUAUGUGCACUAACAGUUAUCAAAUUUGUCUCUUUAACAUUAAAUUGCAAAAAAAUAUAUAAAACCACUUUAAAAUAUUUCAGAAGUUCAUCUAAAGAAGAAAAUACUAAUAAAGAACAAGAGAUGGAAGAAAUUUUUUUCAUACAUUUAUUAACUAUUUCAACUAAAUUAGAAGCAUUAUGUUCUUCUAUUAGCAAACAACUAUGUUCUUUUUUAGAGAAUGAAAAAACAGAACUUCAUUUUCCUAUAAUUAAAUCUUUAUCUAUUUUGUCUAUAUUGAAGCCAUCAACUUAA